GUUGUAACUUUCUUUGGCCGCGUUGCAAUGUUGAUAGACCAGAAUACCCAGGCAUUUCACAUGUUCAUGUCGGCACUCCUUCAGCUGUUUGAUCGCUCAGGGUUAUUAUAUGGAGAGCUGGCAAGAUUUGUGCUGAGAUUGCUGGGGGUCAAAACAAAGGCCAAUAAAAUUCAUCCCCCAGGCGCUAAUGCACCUCAUGGCCCUAAUGCACUUCCUGGUCCUCACCAACCUCGUGGUAAUCAGAACUUUAUCGAGGGGCCUAAGGCUGCUCCAGGUGCUGCAUGGAACGAUGUGUGGGGUGAUAAUGCACAGUGAUAUAGAGUAGUGACUUACAAAUGUCACCUACCAUCGGAAGCCGUUGACAACAAGUUGCAGUUUGUUGAAAGCUACAGUAUAGAUAAGAGCUAUGCUGGUGUACUCGUAUGUAAAGCCAAUCAGCUUACCGUGCUGGAUUGAUUUGCUGCAUUUAAAUGAAUAAUAAUCUCGACUCCCCCUCCCUCCCCCACCCCCUUCCCCUGCCAUAUUUGUGUGGGAUUGUAGGUUGUUAUAGAUCAAUGUGCACGUCAGUUUCGGAGUCUGAACAACAUCGUUCUAGAAAUGAUGUGGUAUGAUUUCCAUUGAUUGGCGAUAAGAUGUUUCAUUGUUACAUCAUUUGUGUAAAUUCACCAAAUGCGAAGUUCUCAAUUUA